GACACCUCAUCUGAGCAGACGGCUUUUGCCAGUCGACUGGGAACUAGCAUGUACUGAAGUUGUCUGCGUGAGAAAUAUAACCCAGUGCCAACCAAAAAAAACUCAGUAUUGACACAAGACAACACAUGAACGCAACUUUGUAGACCUUAAACUCUUGAGGAUGGGUGAACACUACAGAGAAAGCUACUAUGGAUCCUCGUCCUCAGACCUGAGAUUGCUUCUUUUGGGGAAUAUCGGAUGUGGAAAGACAGCAUUAGCGGACACUAUCCUGGCCCAGCUUUCCCCCAUUUCUCCCGGUGCCUCCAGGAGCUGCCAGCUACGGCAGGGCUUCAUUGAAGGCAGGAAUGUGACCCUGGUGGAGGCACCGAGAUGGUACUGGAGUGGUGGCAAGAUGGAGGACAGUGUCAAAAAGGAGACACAGCGAGCAAUGACUCUGGUACCACCAGGCCCACAUGCUAUUUUGCUGCUGGUGCCUGUUAACCAAUUCACAGAGGUGGAGACACGUGUGCCUGCAGAGUUGGAGGAAUUGUUUGGACAGGAGGUGCUGGACCACACCAUGGUCAUGCUGACCUGUGGGGACUACUUGAUGGGAAAAACAGUGGAGGAGUACCUGCAGAAAGAGCACCCAGGCCUGAGGCAGGUAAUUGAGGGUUGCGGAGGACGGUACCAUGUCAUCAAUAAUCGUCAGCGACAGGACAGGGACCAGGUCCGUGAGCUGCUGGAAAAGGUGGACAAUAUGGCGCGGAAAAACGGGUUAUACUACAUGAAAACAGUCCAGGAUAGAGAGCUGGAAAAACGGGUGAAAGAAAAAAAGGAGCAACUUAUGGAAAGUUUCAGGGCUCAAAAGGAAGAGAAGAAAAAGACCCACACAUCAUCUUAUACCCCAAACACAGAAAGUCAAGAGGAAGAGUACUUCAAUGCCAUUUCAAGAGAGAGAAGGAGGAGACAGGAAGAAAAGGAGGGAAUGGUGGAAGGAGUUAAGGUGAGCCAGGUGUCCAAUGAGUAUGUCAGUGCCAUAUCAACAGAAUCAAGGAGGAGAAGAGAAGAAAUGGAGGAAAUGGUGGAAGGAGUUAAGGUGAGCCAGGUCUCCAGUAGCCUUUAUUCAACUCCAGCUCUAGAGCGACAGCCAUCCUCCGAGCUCUGUGAUACCGGGGAGUUAAAAAGGAUACCCAGUUUCAAACUGAAUCGAGAUGGAGCUAUACUCUCCCAAAUGUCAGAGGAUAAAUCAACUCAAAAAGUGAUCUCUACUUUUCACCACAGAAUUAACAGCUUUGAAGAGAGAUCACCCGAGGUUUCGCCUACCACUACUCCUCUUUCGCCAGUCUUCUCCUCUUCCUUCCCCUCCUCACCAACUUUUGCUGCCUCUCCUUCCUUGAUCUCCUCAUCCAGCUCAAUCCCUUCUUCCCCCUCAUUGUCCUCAUCCUCAUCUUCUCCGGAGCUUCGUCUGGUGUUGCUUGGAAGAUCUGGAUCAGGGAAGAGUGCAGCUGGCAAUGAAAUACUGGGGCAGGAAGCCUUUGAGUCACGUCCAGACAGCCUCAUAGCAAUCACACAAUGGUGUGAGAAAAAGAAGGCAUUGGUUAAAGGAAGAAGGGUGGCAGUGGUGGAUACUCCAGACUGGUUCAAUUCAGAGCGCACUCCAGAUGAGGUGCGAGCUCAGAUCUCCUCCUGUGUGGCUCUGUCCAGUCCCGGCCCGCAUGUCUUCCUCUUUUGUGUUCCCUUAGACCAGCCUGCAAAGACCGAGCUGCAGGCUCUUGCGUCACUAGAGGCUGUUUUUGGGCCUGAAGCAGUCUGGAGACACACUUUGGUCCUCUUUACUUAUGCUGAUCGUCUCAGGGCAAGUGGGAAGGCCAAAAAUAAGAACAUUGAGGCAUACAUUGCUGGUCAGCGAGGAGAUUUGUUAAAGAUUGUGGAGAAAUGUGGGGACAGAUUUCAUGUUUUGGAGACAGAAAGAGGUGGGGGAGAGAAGAGCAAUGUUGCCGACCUGCUAGAAAAGGUGGAGCAGACAGUGAAGGAGGCCGGGGGGCAGUAUUAUUCUUGUCCUGCUUUUCAGGAGGCCGAGAACAGAGUGAGGCAGAAACAGCAAGAGAUGGCAAGAGAGAAACGAGGCGAAAACCUAGCAAGAGUAGAGGAUGUUGGCCCACUCAGCUCUGAAAGGCGAAAGCUUUAUCCUUACAUGCAGUCUGUUUCUGAAGUAGACGAGGAAGUGACGGAAGAUGAUAUUGAGAAAACAAGGGAUGAGGCCGAGAUGAGUGUAAGUACUACAAAUAUUGAGAGUCUUCCUCCAAUUACACUUUCGACCAUAUCCCCUUCACUACUUAGUUCCAUAAUGGAGAAGAUGAGCACGGGUGCAAAGAAUUUACCCAAGCUGUUGGCAGAUAGCUCUGUGUGGGUUGGAGAGGGAGCACAGAGGAUGAAAGAUAGUGGAAUGUGGGAAAAAGUUGGCACUAGUGCACAAAGUGUCCAAAAGAUGGUGGUUGAUAGUUCUGUGUGGGAGAAGGUAGGAGUUACUGCAGGAAAUCUCUCCAAAGCAGUAGGAAAUAAAGUUCCCAAGGUAGUGGUAGAUGGUUCUGCGUGGGUGGGAUCUGGAGCAAAAGCAGCGGCUGCAAGUCCAAUGUGGGAAAAAGUGGGUUCAGGGGCCAAAGUCAUGGCAGAGAGUUCCAUGCGUGUCGGGGCUGGAAUUGGAGCUGGGGCAAAGAAUUUGGCACAGAGUCCCGUGUGGGGAAAAGUAGGCUCUGGAGCCAAGGCAGGGGCCAAAAUGGUGGCUGAGAGUUCAGUGUGGGAGAAAAUUGGAAAUACAGCUAAACAGGUGCCCAAAGUAGUCAUUGGCGGGGCACUGCUGGGUCUGGUGCUCGGUGUGCUUUUGGGCGGUGUGAUUGGCGGAGCUGUUGGGGCAGCUGCUGGAUCUGCAGUAACAGAGGUGGGCAGGCGAAAACUCAGCAAGAGAAGCACAACAGAGAAGACAGAAGACGCUGCAAGAAACGUUGACAGAACAGUAAACAAGAACAUCGACGCAGUGAGAAAACGGGGAGAGAAUUUUUUGAAAACUGAAUGAAGGACUGACAGAUGUUUGUAUAGCAAAUGUAAAAGUGCUUUUUUUUUUUUUUCUUGUGAAAUAAUAUUUUCAGCUUUUUGACUGUUGUGUAAUUUUUGAGGCAUAAAAUACUUUAAAAUGAAUUUGAUUUGAGACGAUUAUAACUUCAGUUUAUCGCUACAUGUUUUAUUGAGACACUCGAUAAGUACAGACGAGUGUGACAUUUAUUAAUAGAUGAGUUACACAUAUUGAUAUUGAAGCAAUAAUAUAUAAAUGAAAAUACUUUUCUGAAUGUUGAUACAUGUUUGCAAGACAUCAAAAUAUGCAAAGGAAUGAUAAAACGUAUGACUAUUUUUGAUAAUGUCAAAGGUAGUGAUUUAACAAAACGAGUGACUAAAAAGAAUAUUAAAAUCUGUAUAUUGAUGGAAAUUCUGUAAAUCAUACCCUGAAUUGGUCACAGUGUUUUUUGAUUAAAAGUUGUCAUCAGAAAGUCAUUGCAUUUUUGUGUGUUUUUGGUGCUGAACCACAGAGCAUGAAAAAUUUUUUACGAACAUUUUUGAUUUAACAACAAUAGACAGUUUUUCACUUUUUAACCUUUAUAUACUGAAUUUGGUUUCACGUUUAUGAAAUCUUUGACAGUAUUUUCAGCAAGCGAAACCUGCUUCAUGACUACAAACAUUAUGACAUUACUUCUCACAUUCAGGUUUAGGCCGUAAUGAAUGUGUCAAAUUCAGUUCAGUAAGAGAUUUUGCAUUUGUAAUUAUUUAUUAUAGCAUCAGAGUAUAGUUACUUUGCAUCUAGCUUGAGUUCAUCCUGCUGCUUUUAUAAAUUGACAAGUGAUAUUUUUCUCCCUGUAGCCUACAGGUGGAUGCUGGGGGUGGAGAGUUUGAAAAAACAGGCAGCUAUGCAGAAGAGCAGAGGUACUGACCGUAAAAUGAUUUUACCUGUGUAAGACUUAACACAGAUCAAAUUGUAUGCUAGAACUAUGAACCCUAUUCCAAAAAAGGGACAGAGUUUAAGAUUAAAAUAAAAAAAACAAAAAGUUUGGAAAUGUUAAACUAAAUUUAUUCACAACAGAAGGCAGAGAACAAAUGGUUAAACUGCAAUGUCCAAGUCCUAUCUUGUAUAUAAUUUUAGCUUCUCAGCAGUCAUGUGUCUUCUUUGUCAUAUUUUUUGUUUCAUUAUGUGCCAAAUGUGUUUGUGAAAGCACCCAGCCUCUCCUAGUAAAUCAUGCUGUUGUAACAGAUGCUGUAUGCAUCUAUUGCAGCUUGUUGAAAUAUGCGAUGCCUUCCCUGGAAAAAAGAUGUCAUCUGCAUGGAAGCAUAUAUUGUUCUAAAAGCCACGUAUACCUUUUAGAAUUCAGCCAUUUCCGUGCA